AUGGAGUCUCUGGCAAGACCACCCAUGGUGGGGGAACCGCCCACUUCUGUUCGCAAACCACCUAAGCCUUGUAAACCCAAAAACAACAAUGUCUUGACACAUUCCAUUUUUCGUCCUCAUGUUCUUGCAUGCGAUCGCGUUCGUAUUUGGUCCGCACCUCACUCGUCAUCCUUCCACACAUCUGUCCUUUCACAUCUUCCAUUCGACAACAUUCUGAAGCUUCUUGACGUCAUGUUAGUCUCCAUCAAGGUUAAGACUUGUGAAAACUACGGAGCUGGUCUUCUGAGGUUUCAUCAGUAUUGUGAUUCAAGGAACAUUCCGGAGAGCUUACACAUGCCCGCGCCCAACCACCUUCUAGCCUUGUUCAUCGCCUCAUGGGCUAGGAAGGUUGCAAGUUCCAUGGUUCAAAACUGGCUCGCCGGUAUUCACUUCUGGCACAACAUUCACGGGGCACCCUGGCACGGAUGGGUCCUACUGCGCACGGCCACUUCUGGCCUUGCUAAGGUGGUCCCACAGACAUUGAAGAGACCACGCCGUCCUCCAGUCACCUUGGAGCACAUGCAUGCCCUUGUUCGCCUUCUUGACCUUACCAACACAUUCGAUGCAUCCGUUCUUGCUGUCGCCUCCAUGGCAUUGUGGUCCUGUUGCAGACUCGGAGAAUUGUUGAUCGACUCCACCAAUUCGUUUAACCCUUCGCGCCACGCCUCAAGGAGCGCACCUUUGCAACAUGGUUGCACCCCAACUGGCAUACCCCUCCUCAUCCUUAAAAUCCCUUGGACCAAAACCUCACAUGGGGAAGGAGCAAGUAUAGUCGCAUCCGGUGUAGAUGAUCCAUCAAACCCCAUCUCUGCAAUCAUUCAUCAUCUUUUGGCUAAUGCCUUGGUACCAGAAGCUGCACCAUUCUUCGCGUUCAAGACAGAUCAUGGGAGCUGGGCUCCCAUGAUCUGUCCAUGGUUCCUCAAUCGCUGCAAUGAGAUUUGGAAGAGUGCCGGACUUCCCGAAUUGACAGGUCACUGCUUCAGGACUGGAGGGGCCACAGAACUGCUCCUGAGAGGGACUCCUCCAGACGUUGUCACUAUGCAGGGCAGGUGGAAGUCCAGAGCCUUCCUCAAAUACUGGAGAAAGAUCGAUUCAAUUCUGCCUAUCUUCAUCACUUCCUUGUUUUCAGACUCAUGUAUCGCAAUGAUUAACUCUUCCAUGAAUGCCUUUUCCCGUCAUUACCAGUAG